AUGCCUAAUAGCAGAACUGCCGCGGCUAAGCAUAGCCUCCUACCUACUAUCGUGGAUCAACUAGCCCGAGAUGAACCCAACAGUCUCUGGGGGGAGUAUCCCAAGUCGAAAACCAGUCUUAACGAUGGGUACGAUGAGCUGACGUACAGGCAAUUUGCCAAUGCGGUGAACGCAGUUGCUCAUCAAAUUGAGAAAAAGAUUGGUAGAAGGGAUACCCGAGAGCCUCUGGCUUACCUUGCUAGCAGCGAUCCGCGUUGCUCUAUAGCCCUGAUCGCAGCCAUGAAAGUGGGCUGCAAUUUGCUUAUGAUAUCUGAAAGAAACAGUGUCGCUGCCAACCUCAAGCUUCUAGAGGAUACCGGUUGCUCUGUGCUCCUCAUAACAGAUCAGACUUUUGCACCUGUUCUGUCAUUGCUGUCGGAAACAACAUUGGAAGUAGUGGAACUGCUUCCAUUGCAUAGGCUGCUCCAUGAAAAACAGCCGGACUACGUUUUCACCAAUCGGCUUGCUGAGAUGAGAACAGAAACCGCAUUUACCGUUCAUACGUCUGGGUCAACGGGAUUCCCCAAGGCGGUGCGUAUUUCUCAUGAGUACAUGUCACGCAUGAUUCAGAACAUGGGGUUAGAGGCCCCCGCUGGUCAUGAAAUGUUAAGCGAUAUCACGGGGAAUAAUCGAUGUAUCCUCCUUCUUCCUUUGGGGCAUAAUGCAGGAAUAUAUUUCGGAGUACUGAAUGCUUUUUUCAACAACACCACCGUUAUACUACCUAUUCCAGGCGUUCCUCCCAACGGGGAGCUGCUUCAGGAGAUGCUUCAGUACAGACAAGCAGAUUGGGCAGCGGUGGCUCCUUUGACACUCGAAGAAAUAUCCAAGGAUACCACUCUGCUCAAUGAGAUUUCAAAAAAAUUGAAGAUGGUGGUCUAUUCCGGUGGAAGUCUGCCAAAGGUGUUCGGCGAUGUCAUUGCGUCGAAGAUCAAAUUAACGACCCAGAUAGGCUCAUCCGAAUGUGGGCCUAUACCUACAAUGUAUCGGCACGGUUAUGACUUUGUAAGGGAUUGGAACUAUCUCCAAAUCCACCCUUCUGUCGGUGCUAAAUUUGACCCAUUGCCUCAAGGCGUCUUCGAGCUUAUAUGGGAACGCUCCCCUGAAUUUGAGCCAUUCCAAACCGUUUUCACCGUAUAUCCAAAUUUGUAUGUGUACCGUACGAAAGACUUAUUCACACCUCAUCCAGAAUUGCCGGAUGUUUGGACUCAUGCAUCUCGAUUAGACGAUAUCAUAGUCUUUCUCAAUGGCGAAAAAGUCAAUCCUAUUGGUUUUGAAAGCAGUAUAUGCAAGCAUCCCAAUAUUUCAGCUGCCCUCAUGUUCGGUUUUCAAAGAUUCGAAGCCGGCCUACUGAUACAACCAAGAGAUCCUGCAUAUCCUCACACCACUAUUGAAAAAUCUCGGUUCAUUCAGGAUAUAUGGCCAAUAAUUGAACAAGCUAACAGUAUCGUCCCUGCUUAUGCGCAGAUAUCGCCGUCGCAUAUUUGCUUUACAGAGCCAGACAAUCCAAUCCUUAGGACUCUGAAAGGUUCAAUACGGCGCAGUGCGACUCUUGAGCAGUAUGCCACGAAGAUCAAUCAGCUGUAUGCAGAUGUGGAGCAAAUAUGGACUCUAGGAACAUCUCACUCCCAAGAUCUCGAGAACAUAGAUGCUAUAGAGAACGUUACGAAACGAGCAGUUCUAAAGGCAACCAAGUGGACUGAUGUCGAAGCUAAUAAAAAUUUCUUCGAGCGGGGGAUGGACUCACUCCAGGUCUUGCAGCUGGUACGUAAGCUUCGGGUCGAAACCUCUCUACGCACAAUCCAGCCCAGCACGAUAUAUCUUCGCCCGACGGUCACUGCUCUGGCACAAGAUUUAAAAAAACUGAUCGCCGAGAAAUCCAAUCCGGAGAGCACUCAAAAAGAGGAACAGGUUAGCAUCUUGUCUAGUAUAUUGAAUGAUUACACCGACAAGAUAGACCAACUUCCUUUCGAUACCGCAACCUCUGCUACUGCUCAUGCAUCGAUCAAGCAGGUAGUCCUCCUGACAGGGUCAACUGGAUCGAUUGGCUCCUAUAUAUUGAAAGCUCUGCUACAAGAAGAUUGCGUAUCCCACAUCUAUUGUCUGAAUAGAUCUGUGGACUCAUCCACUUUACAGCAGGAGCGGAACAAGUUUCGAGACUCAAGUCUUCCUACUGAGUUCGCAAAAGACAAAGUAACAUUUUUAUCAGCGGAUCUUUCUGAUUCAAAAUCGCUGGGCCUUCUCAAAGGCGUCUACACCACUAUCGCUGAACGCAUCACACUUAUUAUCCAUAAUGCUUGGAUGGUGAACUUUAAUGCCCCCUUGCCAACAUUUGAUUCCCAGCUCUCAGGGAUAGUGAAUUUAUGUUCACUAUGUGGACGCUCUACACUCAAAGCACGAUUUGUUUUUAUCUCAUCGAUUUCCUCGGUUAUGAGUGUCGAUCAAUCAUGCAUCCCUGAAUCUGUCACUACUGAUAUGAGUGCGCCCCCUUCAAUUGGUUACUCACAAAGCAAGUAUAUCGCCGAGCGUCUUCUAGCCCACGCAGUUUCCAAGCAUGACCUUGAAGUUAAGACCCUACGUCUGGGCAUAAUUGCUGGGGCAUCUAGAAGCAACGGUCGAUGGAACUCUGCUGACUGGAUUCCCGCUUUGAUACUAGGCUCAAAAGCUUUAGGUGUAGUUCCAGAACAUUUGAGUGGAAGAGGCAGUGAGAGUGACGAUAUCAUUGACUGGGUUCCUAUCGAUGUUGCUGCGGAUACAAUUGUCGAACUAAGCCUGGGGAAUGUCAGGGAUCCCAACCACAGUGUCAAUGUCUUCCAUAUAUUGAAUCCCCAUCAAACAACAUGGAAAGCAUUGCUGCCAUCAAUUAUCGCAUCUAUCGAAAGUCGAGCAAAUAGUUCUAUCCAAGUCGUUUCCCCAGCAAAGUGGAUUUCGAAGUUGCGAACCAGUGCGUCAGCAAUUCUGACUAGCAACGAGGAUGUUCCUGAUAAGGCCACGAAUUCUUUAAUUCAGGUAAAUCCUGCUUUGAAGCUCAUUUCUUUCUUCGAUACACGUUUCGGAGUCAAUAGUCAAGUGCAUAUUACAAAGAAGUGGGAAUAUAGCAAAGCAGAACAAGCGAGCAGAAAUUUGAGAUCCGCACCGGCAAUUGACGGAACCAUGAUGGCGCGAUGGAUUGGACAGUGGAUUGAGCCGCAUCUGCAGUAA